AUGUCGGCCACCACAGUGACGGAUGCUGGAGGAGUGCGGAUCAUCACGGAAGUCAUCCCAGCUUCCGACCCCCGCGUGGCCCAAUUGGCUCCCAGUUCCAGACCGGCAGCCCCCCCAGUGUCAUUCCAAGUGCGAGGCUUCCGAAGGGCUCAGCCCAAGGCGCUGGGGACCAUCCACAUCUUCACCGGGAUCGUCCACAUCUGCUUCGGGAUCAUCCUGACGGCAUCGGAGCACAGUAACCCCCCCCUCCCUGUGGCCAGUGGGGUCCUCUUCUGGCUGGGGCUGCUGCUCCUGGUCUCCGGCUCUCUGCUGGUGGAAAGCGAGAAGCGAGACAGCAUCCUCCUGGUCAAGACGUGCUGUGUGCUCAAUGCCGGCCUCAUCCUGAGCACGCUGGUGGGUGCCCUGCUCCACAGCACGGCCAUCACCCGGCCCAGCCCCGGCUGCGAGCCCAGCACCGGCGUCCGGCUCAGCCCCGAGUGGUGCUUCCAUAGCGAGAGCAAGCUCCUCAGCAAUGGGAUGGAUUCGCUGCUCGUGGGCUUCAUCCUGCUCGAGUUCUGCGUGGCCGUGGCGGUGCUGGCCUUUGGGUACCACGCUGUCAAGCAGCACAACUACACGCACAUGGUGAUGUAG